GUAAAAAUUUUCGUGUGGGCGUUUUUGUUAUUCUGUCACCGGUACAAGCUCUGGCCUGCCCGUACACGCUGUUUAUUCCUAGGCUAUAUAAAGCGGCAGAUCGUAGUUUAUAACAGACGAAAACCUGUUAAUCGCCACAGAAGUUUCAGAAUUGUAGCUGAAAAAAAGAAAAACCAUUCGCUAUAUAAAUUGGAUCUGCAUAAUUUGAAGAUGGGAGAGCCGCAACGCAAACGCGCUAUGAAAAGGCUACUGCAGGACUUGGAAGAGUUAAAGAAGUCCCCAGUGGCCAACGUGUCAGCCGCUCCUCUAGAUAGCGACAUGUUUGAGUGGCACUGUAACUUUAAACUCGAUGAUAACGUGUACCACCUUAUCCUAUUCUUUCCUGAAAACUACCCCUAUCGGUCUCCAAGUGCAGAGUUUGUACCACAUGGUUUUCAGUAUCACGGAGGAGCCACCAAAAAUGGAAAGAAGGGAACGCAAGUCUGUUUGUCGAUUUUCUCGGAUUUUGCCGAUUGGCACCGGGAAUGGGCGAACGACAAGGCCAUGGGGUGGUCUCCCGGGUACACCGUACAGACAGUGCUGUUGAAUAUGCUGUCGUUUCUCAUCGAGGUUCAGUCUGCCAAUUCAGCUUUAGGAGGAACAAACGAAGCAAACCUGAAACGCAACCAGAAGUUUAAGUGUUCAGAUUGUGGCCAUAACUUCAAAAAGCCCUAUCCGGAGUUGCCCAAGGAAAGCGAAACCACAGUGUCGCCACCUGCCGCAGAAGACGGUAAACCACAUAUAGUGUGCUAUAUUUCAAAGGCGCCGUUUAAGGUUGUGAAGCCCAAGUGCCGGGAGGAACUUUAUGGCUACGGUUUAAUUAAAUCAGGUCCAGACCAUCGCCCGUCUCUGACCACCCCGUGCGAGUUUCUAACCGGCGAUUCUUUCUACAGUAUGCAAAAGUCUGUAGGAAACGUUCAGAGCAUCAUGAAGGAGGACCUAGCGUUCUUUCUGCCACUUUACAUUCAUCCAAAGCACGGCGAAGAAAUCAAAGCCACGUUUGAAGAAACGAUGAGGGCGGUGUCUAAAAUAUUGCCGGGGUGUAAGAGGGACAGCACCCCCAUGGAGACGAUAAUUUUGCGCGUGAUACCAAACCUCAUGGCUGCAACGGUGGUCGAGUUUUCUAAAGGGACGCAGCACGCUAGUGAUAACCACCUGAGUGGAUACUUCGCCCUCCAUCGCUUGUUCCUAUGGGCGUUGAAGGAGUAUCCGAAAAUGCAAGACAUGUUGGAAGAGAAACUUAAAGAAUUUAUCACCGAUGAAGAUCAUCGCAGCAAGAAGGCAUGCCCUCACAUUGGAGAGUGGCUGAUGUUGCUGUCGGCUUCAAAUAAAUACACAUGGCAAGAUGCUUCGGACGCCUAUUUGUCAGAGAGUUGGAGACGUAACGUAAUGUGGUAUGUCAAAGAUGACGCCAAGCUGGGGUUUAUGGACACGCCGCAAAACUAUCGGUUAGAAAAGACACUGCAAGCGACAGCUGUAAGCAGGAAGAUACUGGCGUUCCAGGUUUUAUUCUUGGACAUUGCUAUGCCAAAAAGUAUGACAAGAGAUAACGUUGUGAAGCGGUAUGACGAAAACUUUGGAUUUCCAACGACUAAAAUGGUUGCUGAAAUGAAGGCUGCUUGUAGCAAAAUUGAGACCAUGAAAUCCUAUGAAGAUUGGUUUAAGGUGUUGCGCUUGGACCCUAUACCGGACGAUAAGUUAUUCGAAAAGUUGAUCGAAUCCCUAGAGUUUGCUAUCAAUACGGACGGCUAUCACUGGUCAUUUUGGAAAGGAGCCGGCGGCUGGACAGAGGCCUUGAAGCGCUACAAAGCAACUGCGGGUGCGGAUUCAAAGAAAGGAAAAGAGGUUAAACAUGGAAAAGCACAGGGAGCCAAGAAAAAUGAUAAAGAUUGUGCUUCCUCGACGGAGGACCUAAAAGGAAAGUCGAAAAACUCGAAGAAAACCGUGAAAGAGGAAGGAGCAAAGAAACCAAAGGGGCGUGCCACCAAAAGAAAGGUCAAGGACGACGACUCAGAUACAGAUGAAGAGGAGGAAGUUCAAAAUGCAAAAGGCCGAGGAAGAGGAAAACGCGCAGCAACAGUGCCAUCUCCAGGGAAGAAACCCGUUGCUAAAAAGCGGCCCUAACUAAACAGUGUCAGUGGCUUAAAGGCAAACAGUUUGUGACAACUAAUCUUCUGUAAAAGAUUUCAAAAAGUAGUUUUUGAAAUAUUACAAAGACAAUUGCUCUUAAGCUUUCUUUCUAGACUGAAGGGAACAGGGAACAUCAAGUACGUGACAAAUUCAUUGCGUAUUUAAACAAUUGGUUGAUGCCAAUCACGACCACGGUUUUUGAAUGUUUUCAGCUUGAUGUGAUCGGUACACUGUAGUUCAUCUACCACAUUAAGCACCAACAAGUGAUUUUCAGACAUGAAAAUUUUGUUCAUCUUGGAGGUUAAUUUCCUUUUAAAAUAAAAGUGACAGGUUAGAA